ACCCACAAGCUAUCGUCGACCUAACAAUCGAAAUCACACUCCUAUUCUUUGCUAGGGUUUGUCUGAACUCUGAAGGGUUUCCGAUCAGGACUGUUGCGCAUGGCGAAACCAGGACGUGGUCGUCCGGCGGCUCCUGCGCGGUCUGGUUCAGGCUCAUCCUCCCGCUCUCGCUCCGUAUCCGGAUCCUCUCGCUCAAGCUCUCGUUCUAGAUCUCGCUCCAGAUCCUACACUUCUUCUUCUUCUCCGUCUCGCAGUGUCAGCUCUCGUAGUCGUAGCCCUCCUCCAAAGAAAAGUGCUGGUGAUGGACCAAGGCGAGGACGCUCUCCACCACCUCAAUCUAAGAGGGCUUCUCCACCUCCAAGGAAAACAUCUCCUGUACCUGAGUCACUUGUUCUUCACAUUGGUCAACUCACAAGGAACGUGAAUGAAAACCAUCUGAAAGAAAUAUUUGGAAACUUUGGUGAAGUUGUACAUGUACAAUUGGCUAUGGAUCACAUUGUUAAUCUUCCAAAAGGGUCUGGAUAUGUCGAGUUCAAGUUACGAUCCGAUGCUGAAAAAGCCCUGUUACACAUGGAUGGUGCUCAAAUUGAUGGAAGAGUUGUUCAAGCUAAGUUCACUUUACCUGAGAGGAAAAAGGCUUCUUCACCACCUCCUAAGCCUUUGCCCACUGCUUCAAGGAGAGAUGUUGCUAAAAAUGAUAAUGUAGUCGCUGAUGCUGAAAAAGAUGCACCAAGGCGUGUAACAGCUGCAUCUCCCAGGCGUAGACCUCCAUCACCAACUCGCCGGAGGUCUCCUGUAGGCCGGAGAGGGUCUCCUCCACCUCCCCGCCGCCGUGUAGACUCUCCUCCACCUCCUCGACGACGAGCGGAGUCUCCUUACCGCCGCGGCGGUUCACCGCCACCUAGAAGGCGGCCUGCAUCGCCUCCUCCUAGAAACCGCUCCCCUUCUCCUCCAGCAAGACGUUAUAAUCGAUCACCUCCUAGGGCCUCUCCACGCCGAAUGCGCGGUAGUCCAAUUCGAAGGCGUUCACCACCGCCAAGACGCCGUUCUGGAGGAAGAGCAAGGAGUCCACCCAGAAGAUCUUCUCUGAGCCGCAGGCGUAGCAGAUCCCCGCCUAUCAGAAGACCUGUCCGUUCACGCUCCAAAUCAAUUUCACCAAGAAGGGCAAGACCACCAGUUGGUAGACGCGGGAGGUCAUCAUCAUACUCAGACUCUCCAAGUCCACGAAAGGUGACAAGAAAGAUAUCAAGAAGUCGCAGCCCUAAAAGGCCUAUAAGACGGAGGAGCAGCAGUAACAGCAGCAGUAGCAGUUCACCACCACCACAACUACCGCCACCUCCACCAGGAGGACCACCACCACGUAAGCCUUGAGCCUCCACCACUACCAUGGAUAUGAUGGAGGAGCUUCUUUCUGGUGGGGAAUGGGGAUAUCGAUCAUAUCAUGUUUAGAUUUGUUUAGUUUGACAAAACUGAGGGUGUGAGUAAUUGUUCUCUUGACUUUGAUACAACUCAUGUGUAUACUUCUUCAGUCUUUUAUAACUCUUGAGAUACAUAAAGAAGAUUAUGCAUGUCUGGUUUUUGGCCAAA